AUGGAAUUGGCAACGUGAUGACAACGUCGUCGCCAUGGAAGCUUCUCCUAGCCAUUGGGCUCUUGAUAGUUUCCUCAGGGCAGGUGGUGGAAGCUUCAUUCGGGGAUCAAUCGCACAUUUUCAUGGCAUGCAUACAUCACUGUUUCUUCGGUAACUGCAGCACGGACAGCGAUUUGAGCAGAUUUCAUCGGACGCAACCCUGGCAUCUUCAAUUGCUGGGCUGGGACUGCGAGGAUGAAUGCGGCCAUCAGUGUAUGUGGAAGGCCGUAGAUUAUUUUGAAGCUUUCGAGGAGCGUGUUCAGUUUCGGGGAAAAUGGCCGUUCGUCCGUUGGUUCGGACUACAAGAGCCGGCAUCUGCGGUUUUUUCUCUCUUGAACCUCUUGGCCAACUUCUACGGGUGGAGCGAAUUCAACAAACGGAUCUCAUCGAACAAUCGAUUUCACGCACUUUGGAAGUGCCAGGCUUACCUCGCAAUGAACGCUUGGUUCUGGUCGCUGGCAUUCCAUUCAAGAGAUAUUUACCUAACUGAAUCGAUGGACUACUUUGGAGCGUUCUCAAUCGUUCUGUUCUCGCUCUACGCCAUAAUCGCCAGAGUCACCAUCGAGAGAGUCGAAUCUCUGCUGCGAUUCAUCCAAGUACCGUUCGCUUGUUUCUUCCUCUAUCAUGUGUAUUACAUGAUGAAUGUGAAGUUCGAUCAUCAGUAUCACAUCGGGCUCAACAUCGUUAUUGGGAUUAUCAAUUCUAUAAUGUGGUUAUUGUGGACUUGGGCGAAUCGACGGCGUCCCUAUGUCGCUAAGUGUGCGUUUGUAGUGGUUUCAUUGUUAAUUCUGUCGUCGCUGGAAAUCCUGGAUUUUUCACCGUUGUGGUACGUUUUCGAUGCGCACUCACUGUGGCAUCUGGGAACCGCUCCCCUGCCGCUAGUCUGGUACAGAUUUCUCAUCGACGACUGUCGCUUCGAGAGCAUGAAGGUUCGCGAAACCCCGAGCCGACGGACCCUCGCCCGGCGUGGACUAGCCCGUUUGAAGGAAAUCCUGAAGGAGCUAAGCGUUCUAAACUAUAGGGACGACAGUUUUCUUAUCGAGUGAAUUUAGUCAGUGACUCCGCAUGAGGGUCGGGAGGACCAGCGAAUCAAAGUUCUCGCGUCCAUGCUAUGCAAAGACUCUAAAAGUGAGAUUCUCGCUCUUGAACACCAGCGGCAGCACAUGGUGCUCAUCACAGCUUAUUGGCCAAUAAUGCAAAAACUAUAUCAAUCUCCAAUAAGGAGCAGCUCCUAGCUCUCAAUCUCGGAAGCUCCCAUGAACUCAUAGCACUUGAGGCGAGGCUCCAAGACUUCAUGGCGUGCCGAGAAUCAAUACCGGUCAUUCAUCUCGGAGCGGAAAAAUCGGAGUAUCUCGAUCAGCCAAUCGGCGACGAUGUGCUUAUCGUCCUGAGCGACCCAAAAGCCAGGGUCAGUUUCCGUAUGGAGUCAUAUCAUUUGUCAAAGUGCCAGCGAUGGACAGGUGCUCAAUAAAUGAAGAGUAGCUUGUGUAUAUA